AUGAUUUACAGUUAUACAAAAUUAAUAAAACAGAUCCAAUUACAAACAUAUCUAGUCAUAAAACACUCUAAUAUGCUAUUUCUUCUAUACUUUGUUACCGCCCGAAACACUCUUAAUAUAAUUACUCUUAUGCACAAUAUUACAGUGUUUCUUAAUAAACCAAGUGAACCAUUAAGUAUGCGCACUUUGUUUUGUGUACAGAUCAAUUUGUGUCAUGACAUAAAUAUUAUGACUUUAUUUUCUUUUAAGAAUGGAUGUGCAUGGAUUGAAUAUUUUUCAUUUGAGUAA